UGGAGGGUACAUCCCCGUGAAUAAAAUGUCCAAUAACACAUUACCCACGUGGUUUGGAAUCUUAUACUACCUGCUCAUUCUCGUAAUAGAGGAUCGAAAACUGCGCUGCUUGUCACAUACUGAACGAUAUUUCAACAGUGUUAAAGUAAUACAUAUUAUAGUGUCUUAAUGAAAGUUUUACACAAUAAUUUUACCACGAUCGUAGAUACACGAGUGUAUUGUGUUUUACUACGUAGUGCUGUUGUUACAUGUAGUGAUUGAUGACAACAAGUGUGUUAAUGUUUCGACCGGUUUAACACGAAUGGAUUUACAAAAUCAGAGGAAAAAAUCAAAUAAAAGUCAUUCGCCACAUCGUAAAGGGAAUACUACUCAUGUGCUGUUGUAUAUUCCAAACAUAAUUGAUUACAUUCGAAUUCUAUUCUUAUGUCUGUUUUGCUACGUCGCUCGAACAGACAGAUGUGCGGCAGCUCUCUGUUAUUUCGUCAGUUUUGCUUUAGACGAGUUGGACGGGAACCUAGCGAGAUAUCUUGGACAAACCUCCGAGUUUGGCAUGCUAUUAGACAUCCUGAUUGACGAAGCGUCCGUGACGGCGUUGUGUCACGUGCUCGCCACGUUUUAUCCGGUGUACACCCUGGCGUUUCAGAUGUUCUCAAUACUAGAUUUCUGCGGCCAAUGGAGCAUCUAUCAUUUUGCAGCGAGAUUUAGAAAUAACGACUACAAACACCAAGAUAAUUGGCUGACGAAAAUUUAUUUUAACAGCUAUGUGCCGAACCUGUUCUGGGUGUACGGAAAUCACGUGUUCCUGCUGGCCCUCUACCUGGGUCAUGGUGACCCCGGACCCACAGUCCCCAUAGCUGGCUGGCAAGUCGGACUGUGGAAUCUGCUUGCCUACCUCAGCGCGCCUUGGGCCGUGUCCCGCCUGUGCAUUAUGCUUGUCACACUCGUCGACCGAAUGUACCGUCUGGCACUUAUGCAACACCGUAGUUCGUCGCAAGGUGGCGGUGACGUCAAUGGCCACCUGACUCGGAUGACCAAUGGCACGAAUGGAGCACAUAUCCAAAGAUUGCAUGCGAAUGAUGACUGAACGUUGAAAAUAACUAGACAAUCUUUCAUUGACUGCAACGUUAUGCAAAUAUAUUAAUUUUUUUAUUCAAUAUAAUACAAACAAUGUAUACAUGUAUAUGAUCAUACAACAUAGUGAUUGUACAAAGCAAUAAAAUUCAGACAUGUUAUACAAGAUAUGCUAAUAUAUAUUUUGUUUAAAGAGAAAAGAAAAGAACAACAGAAGAAUAGCUAUGAAAAAUGAUGAGUUGUAUAAAGUCGGAAGAAAGCAUACUGGACUUGUGUGUUUUGUUGUAUAUUCACAAUGAUCUUAUAAGAUUGAAAAAAAAUAUACAAAAACAUUUUAGAAAGAUAAACUAACAUUAGAGUGAAAUGUAUAUAAGUGGACAAACAUUAUGAGAAUUUAAUUCGAUUCCAUUUUGUUCAAAGAUUUGUAAUGUGUCAUUACUGAGGGCUAUUUCUUUCUCAAUCUGGAUUCAAUUAAAAUUUGGUACUUGUUUUUUGUACUUCAUGUUUAAGAUAAAAUAUUUCAUCAUUAUAAGAAUAAAAUUCACAAUAUUAUUACAGUCUAUUGAUUUUAAUGAGUAAAUUCUGAAUCUUACAUUUAAGAAAGAUAGUUUAACGUUUAGUUGCUGUUGUUCAAGAAAAGAUACUAAUUGAUUCCAAAUAGGCUGGAUGUGUUUGCACUCCCAAAAAAGAUGUUCUAUAGUUUCGAUGUUUUCACUGCAGAAGUCACACAGAUUUGAGUUAGAUAAUUUGCAUUUAAAGAGAUAUUUAUUUCUAGCUAUAUUUCUAUGGAUGUAUUUAUAUUGAAAAUUUCUCAGUGUGCUUUCAAUAGUUGCUUUAUAUGGCAUGGUAAAUAUGUGUUUCCAAUUAAGUUCAUGUUCUCCGAAAAGGACUUGCCAUGUAUUUUGGGUUUUGGAUUUUUCUGUAGUCUUAAUUUGUUGUGUGUAAAAUAUUUUAUUCGUUUUGUUUUUUUCUUCCAAGUAUGUUUUCUACGAAUUUUGUUUGAGUACAUGGUGUAUUAUUUGUAUUGAUUUCAGAUUUAAUAUGUAUGGGUAUGCUUUUGAUUAGUGUGUAAUACUUCAGGAAAUUAUUUGAAGGUAUUCCGUAUCUGUAGCAUAUAUCAUCAAAAGAGUAGAAAUCCUUAAUUCUGUAGUCAUAUAAUUGGUCGACAUAUUUAAUGCUUCGUUCAAACCAAUCUUUAUAGAAAAACGUCUUAUUGUUUGAAGUUAUGUCUUUAUUGUUCCAUAAAAUAGUUUUACUGCUGGUUUUGGUUUCUAGGUUAUGAGUGACAUCAUGCAAAUAUUAGUAGAAGACGUGUUUUAAAGGAAUAACGGUCCCAUGUUUCUUUGUAUUUAAUAUAAAUGUACAUGUACGCCACACUUAGGUAAUUCCAUGUGCCGGAUAUUAGGUUCCAGUUCCAUGGAUUAUAGAGCACAGUAGUUCUCUACCGUCGAAAUCACAUUAUUUGUAACGAACGAAGUGUUUUCAAAUUGGACAUUGUUUAAUAGAAUUCACCACGUGGCACGUUGUCUGUUUUGUAUCCAAAAUAUAAAUGAUAUGUUACAUGUUAUUGCAUUGUGUACGACUAAAUAAAAAUGUGAAAACGUC